AUGGAGGAGCUGCCGGAGAGAUGCCUUACUGACCCUCGUCUUCCAAAAACUUACCGGAACAAAAUUGCUACAACUAAAUUCACCCCUUGGCCAAUAGAGAUACGGUUCUGUGAACUUACAACUUCAACAAAUCAGACCAAAUCUCCUCCCAGUUUGAAUUUUUGGUUUAGAGCAAAGGGAAAACUUUCAGAUGAUCAGGCCUUGCAUAGGUGUGUGGUGGCAUUUGCUUCUGAUUUAAUAUUUCUUCAAGUAGCUUUGAAUCCCCACCGGAAGCAGGGUAUGAAGGCAAGUUCUGUUAGUCUUGAUCAUGCGGAGAAGGUUGAUGUGCGGAUUGUUGAUGAUGAUGUUACAAUCAAACUCUUCCAGAGGAAGAAGAUUAAUUGUCUGCUUUCAGUCGCCAAGUUUCUGGAUGAACUUCAGUUGGAACUUCACCAUGUUGCAGGCGGACAUGUUGGCAAAUAUUACAGUUUCUUGUUCAAUAGCAAGAUAAUAGAUGGUUCUUCAGUCUAUGCCAGUGUGAUCGAUGUUAUGGACACUCAGUAUGCAGCAGCAGUUCCACAUACAGGUAGCUAUUAG